GGGGAAUUAAAAUCAAAUAAUAAUCAAUAAUGAUUAAUUAAAAUUAAAUUGGUUAUUAUUUUUUAGAUAAUUUAAAAUUUGUAAUGUCUUCGAAUAAUAAUAAUCCUCCUAAUAUUGAUGUUGACGUUGUAAAGGGCUUAAGUCAACCUUCUGCUCUGUAUGAUGAAGUUGUACAAUAUAUUUUAUCAACUGUCGGUUGUAAACUGCAAAAUGAAUCUACUCUAAGACUCGUAUCACAUUCCGCUCAAAUUGCUCUCGAAAAGUUUUUUGAAGAGGCUAAGAGUGUCCAGGUAUCAAAUAGGCUAAACAGAGCUGAUUAUGAAGAUAAGAUGAGUGUUCUGAAACAGGACAUUAAAGAACUUGACUAUCAAUCGAUUUGUGAAACACUUCAAAAAUAUAAGUCUAACUCUCAUAAUUAUAACCUUUUCCUCGAACCAAAUGAAAAAUUUUAAACCCUUCAUUACACAAACUUAAUAUCUAAUUUACUCACUAAUAUGCAAAA